GCACCAACCCCUCGCCAAUGCCAACCCGCCGGCCUUCCCCCCUGUUGACACCCUCACCCACCACCCCCUUCCACUUGCGCACGCGGCUACUUCACACCAACCCACAACCCCCGCCGCGGCCAUUGCUGAUCGCCCGCAUCUGCAUCGCGAGCUUGAAGGGAAAGAAAACAGGAGGACGACAUGACGCUGCUGUGUGUGCCGCUGGUGGCGAGGACGGUCGAGGAGAUGGAGACCGAUGCGGCGGCCGCCGCCGCCGCGGGCGGCGACCUUGUUGAGAUCCGGCUAGACUUCAUCGAGGGGUUCCGCCCGCGGGAGCACCUCCCGCGUUUGCUCCACGGCUGCCCGCUCCCCGCCCUUGUCACUUACCGGCCUAAUUGGGAAGGAGGUCGUUAUGAUGGUGAUGAUGCCACAAGAUUUGAAACACUACGUUUAGCAAUGGAACUAGGUGCAGUCUAUGUUGACAUCGAGUUGAAGGUCGCUGACAAAUUUAUUAACUUUCUUUCUGGUUAUAAGCCAGAAAAGUGUAAACUUAUUGUUUCUUCACAUAAUUAUGAAAGCACCCCAUCCUGUGAGGAACUUGCAAAUCUUGUAGCUAGAAUACAAGCAGUUGGAGCUGACAUAGUUAAAGUUGCAACAACUGCUACGGACAUUGUUGAUGUGUCAAGGAUGUUUCAAGUGAUGGUGCACUGCCAAGUACCUAUGAUUGGAUUGGUGAUGAGUGAAAGAGGUUUGAUGUCAAGGGUCUUAUCCCCAAAGUUUGGUGGAUAUCUUACCUUCGGAAUACUCGAUACUACAAAGACAUCAGCAUCUGGGCAGCCAACAGUUGAAGAAUUGUUGGACAUUUACAAUAUAAGGUCCAUUGGACCUGAUACAAAGGUUCUUGGUCUUGUAGCCAACCCAGUAAAGCAGAGCAAGAGCCCAAUUUUGCACAAUAAAUGUCUUCAGUCUGUUGGAUAUGAUGCAGUUUAUCUUCCACUUCUGGCAGAUGACCUUGCUAGAUUUCUUGACACAUAUUCAUCUCCAGAUUUUUCAGGAUUUAGUUGCUCUCUUCCUUUCAAAGUGGAUGCAGUCCAUUGUUGCCACGAACAUGACACUGUUGCUAAGUCUAUAGGGGCCAUAAACACAAUAAUUAGAAAACCAGAUGGCAAACUAGUGGGAUACAAUACGGAUUACAUUGGAGCAAUUUCUGCUAUAGAGGAUGGCAUAGGAGGUCCUGGGUCAAAGGAUGCUGCUGUGUCACCAUUGGCUGGCAGGCUUAUUGUUGUUGUCGGUGCUGGUGGUGCUGGCAAGGCAAUUGCUUAUGGAGCAAAGAAGAAGGGUGCAAGAGUUGUUGUAGCAAAUCGAACCUAUGAAAAGGCAGUUGGUCUUGCCAAUGCAGUUGGUGGUCAGGCCCUGAGGUUAGCUGACCUGGAAAAUUUCAGACCUGAAGGAGGGAUGAUCCUCGCUAAUGCAACGUCAUUGGGCAUGUACCCAAAUGUGGAUGGCACACCUAUUCCUAAGAAAGCUUUAAGUUCCUAUGAUGUCGUGUUUGAUGCGGUAUAUGCCCCAAAAGUUACCCGGCUUUUAAGAGAAGCAGAAGAACAAGGAAUUAAAGUUGUCAGCGGCGUAGAGAUGUUUGUUAGGCAGGCCAUGGGCCAAUUUGAGCAUUUUACUGGUGGUAUAGAAGCUCCUGAAAGCCUGAUGCGUGAGAUAGCAGCGAAGUACACCUAGCAGGCUAGUGGUGAAAUAACUGCUUGGCAAAUUAGGCCAAGGAUUCUUCAGGUUCGAGUGAAUAAAAGAUUUUGACGCGAGCCCAAAUUUUUGCAGCAGUGGGGUUGUAUAUUGUUAGAUAUCGCCGACUUAUCACCUGCCAGAGUUUGUUAUCACGUUGUGUUUUGUUCUCAAGGUACUUUCAGUAAAACAGAAUCCCAUGAAUAAAGAAGCCGCUGAGGUCCAAGAUUCUAGUGACUAAAUGGAAGUGCAUGGAACUUUGAUUCGGUGGUUGCUUGGUCAAUGUAUAUUCUUACAUUUACUGGGAUCGAACAUGCAUCUUUCGACUGGAUAGAUUAACAGCUUGCAACUCUAGAACUGGAAUUUAAUACUCUCUUCGUCCA